AUGGUAGAGACUUUUGCAUUCAAUGCUGAUAUCCAGCAGCUGAUGAGCUUAAUCAUCAACACCUUCUACAGCAAUAAGGAAAUCUUCUUGAGAGAAUUGAUUUCUAAUGCUUCUGAUGCUUUGGACAAAAUCAGAUAUGAAUCUUUGACUGAUCCAGAACAAUUAAAGAGCAAUGAAGAAAUGCAUAUCAGAAUUAUUCCAGAUAAGGUUAACAAUACUUUAACUAUUGAAGAUUCUGGUAUUGGUAUGACUAAGAAUGAACUUAUUAACAAUUUGGGUACUAUUGCUCGUUCAGGUACAAAGGCAUUUAUGGAAGCAAUCCAAGCUGGUGGUGAUGUUAGCAUGAUUGGUCAAUUUGGUGUUGGUUUCUAUUCUGCUUAUCUUGUUGCUGAUAAAGUUACUGUAAUUACCAAACACAAUGGUGAUGAACAAUAUAUUUGGGAAUCUUCAGCAGGUGGUUCAUUUACUAUUACUAAUGAUACAUCUGAUAAUAAGUUACAAAGAGGUACUAGAAUUAUCUUACACCUCAAGGAAGAUCAAUUAGAUUAUCUUGAGGAGCGUACAUUAAGAGAUUUAGUAAAGAAGCAUUCUGAGUUUAUUUCCUUCCCAAUCGAACUUUCAGUUGAAAAGACUACAGAGAAAGAAAUCACCGAUUCUGAUGUUGAUGAAGAAGAGGAAAAGAAGGAAGGAGAGGAGGGAGAAGAUGCACCAAAGAUAGAAGAGGUUAAAGAAAAGGAGCCAAAGAAAAAGAAGAUUACAGAAGUAACCCAAUCAUGGGAUUUACUUAACAAAAAUAAGCCAAUUUGGAUGAGAAAACCAGAAGAAGUUACUUUCGAGGAAUACUCUUCUUUCUAUAAAUCCAUAUCCAAUGACUGGGAAGAUCCUCUUGCAGUUAAGCACUUUUCAGUUGAAGGUCAAUUAGAAUUUAAGGCAAUUCUCUUUAUCCCAAGAAGAGCUCCAUUUGAUCUUUUCGAAACCAGGAAGAAGAGAAACAAUAUUAAACUCUAUGUACGUAGAGUUUUUAUUAUGGAUGACUGUGAAGAAUUAAUUCCAGAAUUCUUAGGAUUCGUUAGAGGUGUCGUUGAUAGUGAAGAUCUUCCAUUAAAUAUUUCGAGAGAGUCACUACAACAAAACAAGAUUCUUAAGGUUAUCAAGAAGAACAUUGUAAAGAAAUGUUUAGAGUUGAUUACCGAAAUUACUGAGAAACCAGAUGACUACAAGAAAUUCUAUGAACAAUUUAGCAAGAAUCUUAAAUUGGGUAUCCAUGAAGAUACUACCAACAGAAAUAAGAUUAGUGAGCUUCUUAGAUAUCAAACAUCAAAGAGUGGUGAGGAACUCAUUAGUUUGAGAGAGUAUGUUGAUAGAAUGAAGGAAAACCAAAAGGAGAUUUACUAUAUUACUGGUGAGUCAAUCCAAGCAGUACAAAACUCACCAUUCCUUGAAAAACUUAGAAAGUUGGAUUAUGAGGUAAUUUACAUGGUUGACCCAAUUGAUGAGUACUGUGUACAACAAAUGAAGGAAUUUGAUGGUAAGAAAUUGAGAUGCUGCACCAAGGAAGGUCUUACUUUAGAAGAGACAGCUGAGGAGAAAGAAGCCUUUGAAGCUCUUCAAAAGGAAUAUGAACCCUUGUGCCAGUUAAUCAAGGAAGUUCUCCAUGACAAAGUUGACAAAGUUGUUACAUCUCAACGUAUUUCUGAUUCUCCAUGCGUACUUGUUACAUCCGAAUUUGGAUGGUCUGCAAAUAUGGAACGUAUUAUGAAGGCUCAAGCCCUUAGAGAUACUAGUAUGACAUCUUACAUGAUGUCCAAAAAGACUAUGGAAAUUAAUCCAUACAAUUCUAUUAUCACUGAACUUAAGACCAAGAUUUCUAAUGACAAGUCUGAUAAGACAGCAAAGGACUUGAUCUGGUUACUUUACGAGACAUCACUCCUUACUUCUGGUUUCUCACUAGAGGACCCAACUCAAUUCUCAUCUAGAAUCAACAGAAUGAUCAAGCUUGGUCUUUCUAUUGAUGAAGAAGAUAUUGUUGAUGAUUUGCCACCUCUUGAACCAGUAAAUGAUGCAGAGCUUCAGGCAUCUAAGAUGGAAGAGGUUGACUAA